AGAGGAGACCUGCCCGCUCACCCCCACCCUGGAGGUCACAGUCACAGUAGCUCAGGAUGAGGGGCAUGGCAGGGGACUAGAUCAUGCUGCAGAGUGACCUUCUGGGAGUGUUCAGUUACAGGGACCUGGGAACCGCCCUGGGCUGAGAAUUCUCCAAGUCCCCUCCUCCCUGCUGCUGUGAGCCAGGCUGGGGAAACACUUUCAGUUUUGUUUUCUUGUAUGCAAUAAAGGAAACUCCACAGAAGUCCUCCGAGGAGCAGAGCAUGGAGGCUGACUUCCAGGUGUGCAGGAACUGCAAAAGAAAUGUGGCCUCUGUCCACUUCACCCUCCACGAGGCCCACUGCCUGCGCUUCCUGGUCCUUUGCCCGGAAUGUGAGGAGCCCAUCCCAAAGUCAAAGAUGAAGGAGCAUGCAGAAGCUGUGCACCAGCAGACCAAGGACAUCCAACAGCAUCCUGCCAAGUGCAAAUUCUGUGACCUGGCUGUGCACCUCAGCAAGCUGGAUGUCCACGAGUCCCACUGUGGCAGCCGGAUAGAGCGUUGUCCACACUGCAACCAACCCAUCAUACUCGGAGUGUUGGCCCAGCACAAAGAAGUGUGUCUGAGUGCAAAGGCCAGGUCUGAAGAAGGGAAGAGAACUGUAUCUCCUGGAAGGAAAACCCAUUGCAAUUACUGCAAACAAGUGAUUCCAGAAAAUAAGGAUGUCUCCCAUAUGAAACAAUGUCCAGCCUCAAGGACUGUGAAAUAUCUUCAGGAUGGAAAGCCAAAACUCCUUCCUCCAUCCUUUACAAGUCAGGUGACCGGAAAUCAAACACCCACAGUGAACAAAGAUGUUCGCCCAAAGGCAAAAAAUAGAAACAGUUCAACAAAGCAAGAGGCAAAGGACCAAAAUGGCACCCUGGAUCUGUCUUUGAGGUCUGUGCUCCAGCAGAGGGCUGCUCUUGCUACGGGAGGAGAUGAAGCAGCCUAUGACAUCUUUCAGAGGUGUUCUCAGUGUGGCAUCUUACUUCCCUUGCCUGUUCUAAAUCAGCACCAGCUGUACCAGGCCCGGACACAUGGCAACGAUCCAAUGCUGUGGAGUGAAUGAGCGAAGCCCAGGGCUGUCGGAGAAGUGCCUGAAGUUAGCUCAUCAAAAGAAAAAUCAAGUGAGAAGAACCAGCUAGCCCCAGAGGAAAGAGGUCCUAGGAUUCAGAAGAGCUCGAGUUCACACUGGCUUCCCAGUUCACACUGGCUUCCCAGCUUCCUCUCAUGGUGGUCACAACUUUGUUUUCUUUACCAAUCCCUGUAAUUGAAUUUUUUUCCCUUUAAUUCUUGGCAGUUUCAUACAUGUUAACAAUGUACUGUAAUCAUACUUAUCUCCAUUGCCUUCCCUCAUCCCCAUCCCACUCCUGUGAACCCCCUUUCUUCCCAACAGUUCCCCUUCCUUCAUGUCUUCAGCCUGCGUGCAUGAGUGCUUUCACGCGCGCGUGUCUGUGUGUGUGUGUGUGUGUGUGUGUGUGUGUGCGCGCGCGCGCGCAUGCUGACACACACAUGCAUAUGCAGGUCUAGUGCAGGUAACCACAGCUGACAUGUGCUCAUGUUUACAACAGCCAUGGCCACGCUGGAUCUCAGCACUUUGGGUGGUCUUUAUUUAGGAAAAGAGUCAGCCUUUAAUCGUUGGGCUUCAGAAGAUGACCUUAGGCCUUUUCCUUCUUCUGAGCCAGACCUUGUUGGCCCAGGAGCUACAGAUGACCGGGAGAAAAGGCCUUGUGUGCUGCCACUCAGCUCCUGACUAAGCACCUCGACUCAACUGCUGGGUUGCCCGAGAGACCCCAGCUUUGUCCUGAGUUUCCUCCUGUCCUCUUUCUUGGCCUUCCUCAUAGGUUUUCAGAACAAAACGUGUUAGGAGUGUGUGGGCUCGAGGGGGGUGAUACAGUAGGAGAAAGGAAGAGGGAGGGGUAGGGAAGGGCAGAGCAUGGAGAAUUCAAGUUCCAGAAAGCAGCCACCACACACUGAGCAUUCUACAAAGGCUGACUGACUACAACUUCCAGGGCUGUGGAGAGGUUAGCUCAUUGCCAGUCCAGCACCAAGUAUCUUGAGCUAUCUCAGCUCCUUAAAUAGGCACUUGUCGUCCACAUCUGUGUGUGACCUAAUAUCCUGUGACUCUUAGGUAAAGGUUUUGGAACAUAUGAGCAGAUUCCUACUGCUAAGAAAGUCAUCGUACGGCAGGCACCUGGGGCCCAUAGCAAGGUCUCCCUGCUUUAACGUGGUUAUUUGGGGCAAACUGAAUCUGUAUUUCUGGGGCAUGAUCACUCAUAUUUGG